AAAAAUCUUGUUUUCUUUUUUAUUUAUGCACUACAUUCAACGAAAAUUAAUUCACAGAUCUCAGAUGACUUUUUAACAUAAUGUCAAGAAGAAUACAUUUCCGAGCAAAUAAUAAUAAUAUGUUUAUUCGUCAGUAUAUUUGUUUUUACGAUGAAGUAAUUUGUACAAAACUAAACGGUUCAGUUCCUUUAUUCUGAUAUUUUGCAUGGAUUGUCUCAUGUGGAUACAAAUUUCGGGAAUGAAUUUACAUAAAAAAAUUAGCCUAUUCAAUAUUAUUAUUGCUGUAACGAUUAUUUUAACUCAGUUCUAUGCUGAUACUGCUUAUACAAAGUAUAAAACACAAAACUAUUUUACUAAAAGUUCAAACUUACAUUUUUAUCACCGAAUUAAUGAAGAUAUUAAUUUUAGUGAGAAAUACUUACCUCGACAAUUUAUCACAAGAAGGCUAAGGGAUGUUGUGCCGAUUAUGUUUCCUAUUAACUCGAAAGAAAUCGAAGUGUCCGAUCAUUUGAAAAGUCUAAUUGAAUCUAAUCAAAAUGGAAAUAUACCAAGUGAAGUUUAUUCAAAUGAAAGGGUAGGUGAACAACAUGGAGAAGCUGAAGAAGGCGUAGAUGAUGUGAAUCACUGUGUUCCAAUUCAUGAAUCUGUUUGUCAUGGCCUUCAAUACACACAUACAUGGUUGCCUAAUUCAGUGGGUUUAACAACACAAGAAGAAGCCGCAAAACGCAUGAAUGACUACCGUUCCUUAAUCAAUGUUGGAUGUUCACAGUAUUUGAAAUUUUUUCUAUGUACGAUUUAUUUCCCAAUGUGUACUCCAGCUUUGAAUCCACCAGCUGCCUUACAACCAUGUCAAAAUUUAUGUCGAUAUGUUCAGUCGAAAUGUGAACCAAUUAUGAAAAGUUUUAGCUUUCCUUGGCCAAUAGAACUGAAUUGUAAAUCAUUACCCUCAGAGUCCGGAAUGUGUAUACAACCACAAAAUUAUGAUUUAGAUAAACAAGGGGAAAUUAUAAGUCAAGGCAUUCCAUCUGAAGCUCAUGGAGCCAUUGCUAACUUGCUACCGGAUUUUGGUGAAUUUCUAGCUCAUCAAAAUCAACAGUUGACGGGUACGCAAACUAACCAAACAGAUAACAAUCAUGGGAAGAUAUCUCUAGUGGAUAAUAAUCAGUCUGGAUUGAUGAGGCAUCAUAUACUUCAUAGAACCAAACUACAAGCCUCAAAGUGUUAUGUUGUUGAAAUUCUUCUAUAUUCCGAACAGGCGCAUGAUAAUAUUACAUGCGCCCGUCGGUGCAGCGCUCAUUUGUUUUACAAACCAAUUGAAAAACGUUUUGCCAAUGUUUGGAUGUUAGUUUGGGCCAUACUUUGUUUGGCAUCAUGCGCAAUGACAAUGAUUACAUUUACUUUAAGCCGUUCACGUUUCGCUUAUCCAGAGAGACCGAUUAUUUAUAUAUCAGUUUGUUACUUUUUUUACUCUACUGGGUUCAUUUUACACGCUCUAAUUGGACGUGAUUCAGUUUCUUGUAGAAACAAAGUUGAAACUAUUUCAUCAUCAUUAUUGCCCAGCGGAGUGUCACAAGAAGAAGCGAAGAAACUCCUUACAAGUGUGGCCCAGUCGAAAGUUAAUGUUACUUUCCUGAUAACUUCUGGAUAUGAAGGUACAUGGUGUACUAUCGUAUUUCUUAUCCUGUUUUAUUUUAGUCAAGCUAGUUAUUUAUGGUGGGUUAUGUUAGCUAUCUCAUGGUUUUUAUCGGCUUCAUGUAAGUGGGGAUGUGAAGGCAUAGAAGCUAUCAGUAGUAUCUUACAUAUGCUCGCUUGGGCAGUUCCCGCGUUAAAGACUAUUAUCAUACUAAUCAUGCACCGCAUUGAUGCAGAUGAGUUAACUGGAUUGUGCAAUGUUGGUUAUCAAAAUUCAACGAGUUUACUUGCAUUUAUAUUAUUGCCACAAGUUAUCUAUCUGCUGUUAGGUAUUUUGUUUUUAUUGGUAGGUUUCCAUUCUUUGAUUUCUCUUCGAUCAAACUUGAAACAACAUGUUAAAAGUCUCACGCCUGUUGCCAACACGACAACAGCACUAGCAAACUGUUAUAACUCACAGUUUAAAAGAAAUGUUUUAGCAACAUUAGCAACAUCAACAACACCACUACAACCAAUAACGCUAACUAGUCCAGUCAUUCCUCUCAAUAAUGGGAAUAUACGACGUUUAGAUAAAUUGAUGAUAAAAAUAGCCAUAUUUUCUAUGUUAUAUGUUUUACCAAAAGCCUGUGUUAUUAGUGUGAAUAUUUACAAUUAUAUUAAUUACCCAAAAUGGAUGAAAACACUGGAUAAACUGGCGAAACAAACAAAUUGUUUGACGGAAUACGGUACAAAUUGGUCAUUGGUCACCGAAUGCGUUAGUGAUAAUCACUUCCCAUCAGUUGAAGCUAAUAUGCUACAAAUUUUUAUGUCACUAGUUGUCGGUAUCACUUCAGGUAUGUGGGUAUGGUGUAACAGGAAAUCAUCAGAAACAUGGAUAAAAUGUAUGACAGGCAAAAAGAAAGAUUUAUCUAAACAUGAUUUGACUUACCAUCAUCAUAUUUGCGAGGAUGCUGUUGCCGGUGCUGCUACUGGGAAUAAUAAUAAUUUAUCUCAAGUUGACCAAAAAGCACAAUCUAUGAAUUCAACCUAUUGCAAUUCAAGAGGAGGAUGUGGAGUAAAUAGUCAGCAUCCAGGAAACACCAUCAAUUUUGAUAAUUCAAUGAACAGUACUAGUCAUCUAGUGGUUGAUUCGUCUCAGUAUCAUCAGCAUGGAAUCGCACGAAACAACGUGAGAAAUUUAAUGCCUUCUGGAUCAUUAAAUUUAUCAUCUGGAGCAGCUUCAUGCACAAGUGCAGUACCGUUGUCAUAUGGUUUAGGAACAAUGGAUAUGUCUUUGUUAAAUUCAAAUGAAUCGAAUUAUUGCAUUCGGUCGUCACAAAGACAAACCGUUAAAAUCAGACCGACCAAUAUUGGAAGACCUGACUUUUGAUUUACGUUCAUUUCAUUAGUAAAUAGUGUACAGUGUACUUGAAUAAAGUUCGACUAUGACUAUAUUUAUCCACAAUAGCAUAUAUUCAUCAACUUAUAAACAAGAGAUUGUAUCAAGGAAACUGUGUAACAUUGAACAAAAUUCAAAUGUGAAGAGAAUUAUAUCCUGCAACUUUUGAUCAACCUAUUCUAAUACCUAAUGACAUCGUUUACGUUAUAUUAUAAAGUCAUUUCAUAAAUGCUGAUUCCUUCACUUGUUUACCGUCAGCUAACUAUUUAUUAGUUUAAACACAGAAACUGUUCUCACACACACAGUAUGCUCAUCUUUGUAUAUAAAUUAAUUUGUGACUGAUAUUCCAGUAAUCUUUUAACCUGAAUAGUUUUCUUUUAUUCUUUUCAUAUUUGGUGAAAAUCAAGAAGCUUGUCAGUUUAUAUACCCCACAUCCAUUUACAUUACCAUGAGUUAAUCUGUUCAGUAUUUGAGUAAACUGUAUCCUAAGUUGUAGAGAAAAGAAGAUGAAUGAAAUUGUUCAAAAAAAGCACAAACAAAGCAGUUGAAUAAAUUUAACUUGAUAUUGGUUAAUUAUAAUAAACUAAAUCAACAACUACUAAUUAACCAUUAUCAAUCAAUGUAGCCUAGAAAAUCCCUUUUCAAUUAAUUAUUAUUAUUAUUAUUAUUAUUAUUUUAAUUCCAUUCUAUUCGUAAUUUAUAAAACUGGUUUAAUACUUCCAUUUGGAAAAUGUGUAAACGUAUUCAGUUUUAAAGAAUAAUAUACAUACUCAGCCUGAA